AUGAGCAAGGGGGACGUGGAGCAUAGUAGUGCAUGCUCGGAUGAGGAGGAGAAGGAAAGAAUCCUCGAGUUUCUCGAGUUCCACGACAUGAAGUCAAGUCGAGCGCUGGAAGCCAUCACGGAGACGCUGAUCCCUUCAGACCACGCAGUUGCCUCUGAACUUCUCGCACGACUCAACCUCGUCACUCAAGUGGGUGUGAUGCCUUCGUUCUCCGAUGCCGGAGCUAGGACGGGCUACCUCUUGAAGCGGAUGAUUCAUCGGAGCUCGAUCCUCGCUGCAUUGUUUUUGAAGCGCGAGACAAGUGUAAUGAUAAGCGCAAAGAUGGAACAGGAUGUCUGCAGAGUCAUUUCGCUGGGUGGUGCCGGAGGGUCAGACGCCAUGGCGAUGUAUCUGCUGCGAGACUAUCUCAAGUCCAAGAUGAUCUUGGAUGUGAUGGUAUCGGACUACGAGGUCAGGGCUUGCUUCUUGGACGUCAAGAGUCUAACGGUUCUGGUAGAAAAUGCACUCAAGUUGACGACAGGCCACUUUGGAAUAUUACCUCAGAUGUUUGAACGAGCGACAGAUGAUUGCAUGUUCGUUUUCAUUGACAGCAGUCUCAAACUGUGGGAGCCAAUUGAGGACCUUGCCUCUGCUCAUGGUUUGGUCACAGCACGCCUGAAAUGGUCCAAACGAAUUCUACGUAUGCAACGCACAGCAAAUCUGUCCAAGAACAUCCUUUUUGUUUUCAAAUCGUCAAGAUCAGAGUAG